UUUCGAUGUAAUUUUCAUGAUUUUUGAGGUGCGCCAGAUUUAUUGAUUGAGAAAAUCAUUAUAUGUCACAAUCAUCAGUGAGAAUGAUAAGUUGUGGAGAUAAGAUCGUUUACAGACAUGUUUGAAUAAUUAAAAAUGUCAAUAGUCCUGAGUAACACGAGAUAAAAGGCACGUACGAGAAUUUAAGGUGCUGUUGAGAAGUAGCUGGGUAAAGAGGAAAUCGCCAUUGAAUAGAAUUUAUCGACACGAGUUUCCAUGUACCUCGCAAGGUGCUGCCCUCUGCCGAGAAUUCCUGCGAACCCUGAGAUAUCGUAAAACCAGCUGACAGUAGCGUCGCAAAAAGUCAUUGAAAGGAUUCUAGAAGUGGCAAGAAAAUAUCAAGAGUGACGAGGACCGGCGACCAGCGUUGGAAUCAUACACGGAGGACACUGUACCACGAAUAUAAAGAGAGUCAGGGAGAAAGGAAGGCAUUGGGAGUGGGAGAGAGAGUACGUAAAAUAGAAGCACCGCAUACAACAUUAUCGAAGAGUGGGGAGUAGCAAUCGACGCGAACACCAUUGGUUGAAUUAAGCUAAGCUUAGCAGUUGUCGAGACGUCGAGUGGAGAGGUUCGGUUUUCUUCGAGGUAGUGGUCGCGUGUUUGUCAGCCGAUAACGUGCAGGUAACGACGCUUGGAUUACUAAGCUCUGCGUGAUUAUAACAGUGAACCGAGCUAACGUCUACCGCAUUCCUGUCAUCCAACGGAUACAGAGACAGCCGGACGAAUAGGCAUAAAGCUUGUGCAAAGGAGUCAACGAUCACGAGGAAGGAGUGCAGAGAGAAGAGCGAGUGAGAAACAGUGAGCAAGAAGAGAAAUAGGAAGCAACUGACUGGCGGAACGGACAAAGGAAGCGCCGAGAGUCGCACGAGGGGCUCUCAUGUGCUCUGCCGUGUUCUUGGGCGUAGCAUGAAAAAAUGGAUUUUAGAGGCGUCGUGUACAACGCAGCGAGAGAUGGCAAGCUUAAGCGUUUGAAGAUUGACUUAAGCUCUAGUACUACCAGCUGAAGUUGCGUAAUCCAAGAUAACCGAUCAGGAAGACGGUUAGAAAGCCGCCGAAGCCCACGAUCCCUCUCACGAAGACUCGUCCAGCUUCCCGACGCAUCCCCGUACCUGGAGCAUCUAAAACAGAGUGAUCUUCGAAGAUAACAGUACCCCGUGGAUCCCCGUGCAAGAAACAUAUUUCGUGCGCCUGGUAAAAGUGUUCACUUGGAGGGGGAAAAAAAAAAAAUUGGAAAUAAAAAAAUGAAUCACCAAUUCCACAUAUAUCACACUGCAGCAGUUUUCCUGGAGCACCGCUGCAAGGAUGAGGUAGGACAAUUGGUCAGCGCCAAAACUCAUGGCGCUACGCCUCUCGUGAUGGCUUGUCGAAAUGGGCACUACGACGUGGCGCAAUAUUUAAUUGAAAAAUGUGGAGCAGACAUCGAGCAACCUGGUUCCGUUGUCUUCGACGGCGAGACGAUAGAAGGUGCGCCGCCAUUGUGGUGCGCUUCCGCAGCCGGUCACCUGCCUUUAGUGAAGCUUCUAGUAGGUAGAGGCGCUAAAGUCAAUUCGACGACGAAAACAAAUUCAACCCCACUCAGAGCUGCUUGUUUCGAUGGGCAUUUCGAGAUCGUCAAGUUCCUCGUGCAGUGCGGUGCAGGUACUAGUAAAAACAUUGAAGUUGCAAACAGACACGGCCAUACUUGCCUGAUGAUCGCCUGUUACAAGGGUCACAUAAAAAUUGCCAAGUUCCUACUUGCUCUGAAGGCGGAUGCCAAUCGUAAAUCCGUAAAAGGUAACACGGCGUUGCACGACUGCGCGGAAAGCGGCUCGCUCGAGAUACUAAAAGUACUGGUGGAACAUGGCACCAGGAUGGACGUCGAUUCCUACGGGAUGACGCCGCUCCUUGCGGCAGCCGUGACAGGUCACACGCAUAUUGUCGAAUACCUCAUUGGAAUUCCACGGUUGGUCAGCAGAAAGGAAAAGAUUGACGCUCUCGAACUGCUCGGUGCCACUUAUGUCGAUAAGAAGCGAGAUAUGAUUGGGGCGCUUGAAUUCUGGAAAUUGGCAAUGACAGAAAGAUACCGUACGGACGCACCGAUAAUAUCAAAACCAUCUCCACCGCCAGCCGUGCAAGCUUACGAUUAUGCUCGUGAAAUUUCCGAUCCCGAUGCUCUGGAUGAACUACUAGCCGAACCGGACGAGAUGAGGAUGCAGGCUCUUGUUAUCAGAGAACGAAUAUUGGGUCCGGCCCAUCCCGAUACCAGUUACUAUAUUCGAUACAGAGGAGCUGUUUAUGCCGACGCGGGGAAGUUCAGUCGUUGCAUCGAACUCUGGAACUACGCCCUUGAUAUGCAGCAGAGCAUGAUGGAACCUUUGAAUCCAAUGACUCAAAGCUCGCUCUUCAGCUUCACGGAGCUCUUCAGUUUUAUGAUAGGCGAGGAGGGAAGGCAGACUAGCAGAGGCCGAAGAGUACCGUCUGUUCAACGUGAAACGCUCACCGCGGUGUUCAAGAAAGCGGUACUGGAGGUCAGAUUGGGAAAGCAGAUGCUGGACAAGGUACCGCCCUGCGAGCGUGAUCUGACUUAUCUCAAUCGUGUUCUGGUAAUCACUCUCCACUUGGCUUGUCUGUUGACCCGAGAAACUCCACCGGAAGGUUCCGAAGAGUACACCGCUCUCCACAAGGCUGUCUAUGAACUGGUACGAAUAAACGCCAAAGGAAAGCAGGGUAGGGACGCUUUGCAGUUGACCUAUAGCAAGGAUGCCGCCCUUGUAGGCAGGUAUCCAGCCUGCGAUUUUCCUUCGCCACACUUGACAACAGCCCUGUUAAAGGCUGGUGCAGAUGUGACAGCACGCGACGUCGACGGAAACACAGCCCUUCACUUAGCAGCGCUCUCCCAUCCAUGGCGUCCCGAUCUGGCCACCGCAUUAUUGGAUGCUGGUGCCCACAUAGACGCAGUAAAUAAGGAGGGUCAAACCGUCGAGACUCUCCUCAAGGACAAGUAUCUCUACGACGCGGUGAACCCGCUAAAAUACACCACCCUGGCGUGUCUCGCCGCAAGGGUCGUUCGAAAGACCCACCCGCUCGAAAGGGUGCCGAAGCAUCUUCUAUCAUUCGUUCAGAUGCACUAGUGACACACCUGAUACCGGAGAGAUUGUCUUAUUCAUUUGAUCCAACGGACAUCGAACACUGCCCAGAUAUCGCUGAGGUUGACGAUUACGAGAACCCGUUCAUCUAUAUAAGCAUCCUUUGCCCAAUGAGAGGCCGCUCGUGGUGGUGUGCAAAAGGGUACUCCAUUUUUUUUCUCCUCCUUUUUGCUCAGCUCGUGAUCCUUUAUUUUGUUCUUCACGAUCGCGAGCUUUCUCAUGACCAUUUAUCACAUUCGUCAUCAUCCUUCCUCUCUUCUUUAUCGACAGGGAAGAUUUAACUCUAUCGCCACUGAACUGAUCCUCAGAAUUUGAUUUAAUCUCCUUCAGACAAUCUGUUCGGUAUCGGCAAUGAUAUUUUAAGAAGUUGACUCUGAAGUACUUACCCGGAGUGGUUCCAUCAUCGAUGGCCAAUAGGUUAUAUCGUGUUACGUCCUCUGCACGGUGUCAAAGUUGGCGACGCGUAGCGUUAUUACCGCAAUCCCUUAUACAUAAACCCCUUGCGGAGCCAUACUAUAGAGGUAUACUGCGUUAAAAUGAAUAAUUAGUCAUAGUACGUAAUGAAUGUCAAAUUGAGAGUUAUAUCCGUAUAUAGUCCGUCCGUUAGUAAAAUGCGAAUUAGAGGGGCCAUCUCUCUACGAUCCUUCAUGUAAAAGAGUCCCCUAGACUUCACAUUCUGCUUCUGGAUUCGACCGAUACUAUUUUCGAAUCUGCCUCCACGAGAUCUUAUUCAGAAAAAUUGACAAAAAUUUCAACCUAUUUUGAUGUCAUGCAAUAAAUAAAAGUGCAGUGAAACUAUCGGUUAAUGGUUUACUUUUCAUACUCAAUUGUGUUAUUCACUGUGAUUAAUUGAAAUUAGGCGAAUCACUCGAAAUUAACGAAUGGGAUUAUUUGAACGUUUGGAAGACUAUUGGCUGGCAGUCAUGUAAGCAUCUACAGCUUCAACUAUUUUUAAAUUAAAUUUAUGUUACAUAUAUGGUAAACAAAAAUCAGCUAACGGUAACCCAACGUGGCUCAUUAGGUAGACUCCUGAUUGCAAGGAGAUAAAGAAAAAUAUAAAAGUCUACUUUCACUGUCGAGGAUCACUCAAUUUCUGACAGCAAUUAUCACCAUUGUGAUAAGGUGGUUCGCUUAUGAGAUCACUUGUAAGACACUGACCUCAAGGAGAUGCUUAACAUUUGUGUGAAAAAUUGUCAAAGUAUUUAUUGACUAGUAUACAAGAUAUAUGAAAUAGAAGUAGCUAAAAAUGCACUUUAUACAUAUACUUUGCAUGUUGAAAUAGCAACAUAUUUUGAUCUAUAUUUCUCAGCCUCUAAGCGGUAAAAGUGGGCGGAAGUUUUAGCAGGCACUUUUUUUUACAUAAAACAUUACUGCAAUGAUUUUUGAAUCACUUUUUUACUACACUAUUUUAACAAUGUGAUAUGAAAACUUGUAAAAUGAUGGAUCUCUGUCCUGUCGCUUGCUUCAGAGAUAAUAGCUUAUGUAGGAAAUAUUUUUGUAAUGAACGAUAUAGAUAUUUUAAAAAAAUAAGAAUUACUAUUAUUACGAUCCUAAGCGAAUCACCUUAAUGUCUUGUUACUUUUUCUGAAUGAAGCCCCAGCAGAUAUGACUGUUUGCCGUAAAGGUGUACGACAUGAAUGAACUCUCAGAAAGAAUCGAGGAACCAUUUUAUAACACUCACACACUAUUUUUGGCAUUGUCGUGUUUAUCUCAUUACAUGCGUUUCUGGAUUGCGCUUUUUCAUAUGUGAGAGAUCCGUGCGCGUACGUACGUAAAGCGCAUGCGCGCGCGCUAAUAUAACGAUAGAGAUUUUAUCUCUGCUUGAUAAUAAAUAAAUAUAUAUAUAUAUAUAUAUACACAUACACACACUAUUAAUUCACUACGAAGUCCUAAAUUUUGCGUAACACGAAAUACCUUUAUAUAAAAUCUUCCUCUUCUCUUUUUUUUUUCUCUUAACAAAUCGUGUUAACGUUUCGAAGUUCGAUUGUAGUAUCGUUGUUGCUUUUUUCGGGAUGCUGAUUGGCCAGUUGACGCGUGUGAAUAACUUUUUGACAGUCAGGGUUACUGGCGGCACGAUACAUAUUUACAGAUAUCAAAUGAACUGAAAUGUAUGGGUUAAUCUUUUAAUUUAUUGGUGAAAAAUUAAUGAAAUACAGAUAAGUCUCAGGCUGACUGAUAUUAAAAAGAAAAUAUGUAAUACAGUGAGUUAGUAUAUAUCAAUUAAUAAGAGCGUUGCAGCACUGAACAGGAAAAAAAAGAGAUGACACAAAAUUAAACGGUUAAUCAAUGUAUGGUUGAGUGACUGUCGAAAUGAGCUUGAGUGGGUCAGAUCGAUUAAAAAGAUAUGCUGAUUCCUUAAAGAAAGGGUUUUUUUUAGUGUAGAAAGACGUUAUUAUCGGUUUUAUAAUAAAGUAGUUGAUUUUCGAAAAUGCUGCUGUUCAAGAGACACAUGUUGGUUCAGAGAGUAUCUUAUCCGUGAAAAUCGUCAUUGGUUUACCAGUAACGUGGUGUGAUUAUGAAAUAUUUGUUAUGUUUAGAAAUUAACUAACUUAUACAUGAAAGAACUGAUUGAUUUAAAGAUACCUUAAUCAAUUUUAAGAACGUGCAUGCAAAAAUACUGGUGUAAAUUGGUUGCUCGGUACAUGAAUUAUAAUUUCAUAAGAUAUACAGCGUGUCAAACUGUAUAUUUGUUCAGAGCGGUGCAGCGCUGUUGCCUUUUGUCGCGCGCGAUGCGCGCAUGUUGCUCUAGUGUGAUAAAAAGAAUAUAGGAUAUUUAAAUAUUAUACUAUACAUAUAUAUAUAUAUAUACACACACCACACACAUACGUGAUAACGCAAGAUGUUCCUCGGGUAACGUGCUUCUGUUUUUGCGAAAAACUUUUAUACCUUCAUUUUUCCUUCUUUUUCUAGUGCUUGACUUUGCUCGCCAUUUGUUUAAAGGAUAUUUUUACUCGACACGAGUUCACAUGCAUCGAGUUCGGUUCUAGGAGAAAAAAAGUUUGCUAAUUAUUUUUAGUUAUUAAACCACACAGGAUAUGUAACAUCGAGCGUUUAAUCUGACGUUGGAACGUCUGCAUGUCGCCAUUGUUGAAAAUCGUUUUCUUUUUUUUUUCUCACAAAAGUUAACAUACAUAACGUAUCAUUAGCCUGUACUGUUUUAUAAUAAAACAAGACUGUGGAAAUACAGGUGUGACGAAGAGA